UCUUUAUCUCUCGGUCAAGGUCGGCUAUCAGACAUACCAGCCACGACUGGAUAAUCAUCCUAUCAGUCCCAGUUGGCGCCCAUCUCUUCAGCUCACAACACACCUACAGCAGCAACCUCUCUUCCAUAAAGGACACCAUGCCUCUUACCCUGUACUAUGCAGAAGUCAGCCCCCCAGUACGAUCUGUGGACCUGGUCAUCCACGCUCUAGGAUUGUCUGCUGAACACAAGGAUAUCAACUUGUUCGAAAAAGAAACCAGGACUCCAGAAUAUCUGAAGGUGAACCCUCUACAUACGAUUCCAGCCAUUGAUGAUAAUGGAUUUAUCCUCUGGGGAAGCCAAGCAAUCAACACCUACCUGGUGUCCAAGUACGGCAAGGACGACUCUCUCUACCCGAAGGACCUCCAGAAGAGAGCCAUCGUGGAUCAAAGGCUCCACUACAGCAACGAUGUCUUUUACGUCUUGAAGCAAUCAACUGUAGCCUUACUCUUUUUUCAGCAACAACCCUCUUCAGAAUUACUGAGCAAGAUUCGAGAGACCCAAGAGAACGUGGAGAAGCUUCUGACUGGGCAAAAAUUCAUGGCUGGCGAUUCUCUCACUCUGGCCGAUUACAGCUACAUUACUUACAUGGACAUCUUAGAGGUUUACUGUCCUGCAGGAAACAGGUUGCCGUUGACGAAGCAGUGGCAAGAACGCUGCAAGUCAACCAUGAAAGACUUUGACAAGGUCAACAAAAACGGCGCCAAUCAACUUUGUACCGCAAUUAAGCAAGUUCUAACUUAAUUAUCCUCCAAAUGUGAUGUCAAGCCCACUUGAUGACAUCUCAUUCUGUUACCAAGAGUUUUUAAAUAAUCCAAGAAUAAAAAGAGCUCUAGUUAAAAUGAAGUAACCUUUUAUUUUCAAUAAUGUCCGUUCUUCAAACUAUAAAGCUGUAAAUUUUAUAAAAAUAUGUAAUUAAAAAAAAAAUAAACGCACUAUGUCUCCUUU